CAGAAAAUAGGAAUAUGUGUCAAAGAUAUUCUUCCCGAGGUAGUGCCAUGGGACAUUGAGAGACUGCCACAUGGCCUUGGCAUCUCCAUUGUUGGUGCAGCACAAUUCUUUACUUCACACUCAUAGAUAACUGGCAAUUGCGAUUGGCUUAUACUAUCUGUUACUUCCCUCUCUUUCUCUCUCUCAGUCAAAUCGGGAAAUCUGUUCAAUUUGCUUUCUCUCCGAGUCUACCUGAAGCCUUCUUUUACAUUCCAAAAAGCUACUGUUGCCAGGAUUUUUCCUUUGACAUAAGGAAAACCAAAGUUCCUGUUUUUGGUUGUUUAAAUCAAGAAACGAGGCUUGAAAGUUGAAGGUUUUUUUUUUUGGCAAAACAAUGGCUGCAACUUCGCUUCAGAAACCUUCAGCAACAUUUUUCACAGGAACCCAGUUUCCUGUCUCCAUCUCUAAGUAUAUUCCAACAGAGUCCUUGCCUUGUAUUCAUUGUAAUUACCAUUUUAGAAGCAAAACAAGUAACCCAAAGAAGAGCGUUUUACAAGUCAAAGCCACAGUGGCAGGAACCCAAAGUGCUUCAAAGUCAAGUGAGAAGAAUGAAUUUGAUGGGAACCAAUUGGAGAAGAAGAAGCUGAGGGUAUUGGUUGCUGGGGGUGGUAUUGGAGGAUUGGUUUUUGCAUUGGCUGCAAAAAAGAAAGGGUUUGAUGUAGUGGUGUUUGAGAAGGAUCUGAGUGCUAUAAGAGGUGAGGGGCAAUACAGGGGUCCAAUUCAGAUACAAAGCAAUGCAUUGGCUGCUUUAGAGGCUAUUGAUAUGGAAGUUGCUGAGAAAGUUAUGGAGGCCGGUUGCAUCACUGGAGAUAGAAUUAAUGGAUUGGUUGACGGGGUUUCCGGUACUUGGUACGUCAAGUUUGAUACAUUCACCCCUGCAGCGGAAAGAGGGCUUCCAGUUACAAGAGUUAUUAGUAGGAUGACUUUACAAGAAAUCAUGGUUCAUGCAGUUGGGGAAGACAUAAUUUUUAAUGAGAGCAAUGUUGUUGAUUUUGAGGAUGAUGGACAUAAGGUCACUGUGAUACUGGAAAAUGGAAAGCGCUAUGAAGGUGAUCUUCUUGUUGGAGCUGAUGGAAUAUGGUCGAAGGUGAGGAACAACUUAUUUGGGCCAAAGGAAGCUGUAUACUCAGGAUACACUUGCUAUACCGGUAUUGCAGAUUUUGUGCCUGCUGAUAUUGAGUCUGUCGGGUACCGUGUAUUUUUGGGACACAAGCAGUACUUCGUUUCCUCGGAUGUUGGUGCUGGAAAGAUGCAGUGGUAUGCAUUUCACAAGGAACCAGCUGGUGGAGUGGAUAGCCAUGCUAAAAAGGAGAGGCUACUUAAAAUAUUUGAGGGUUGGUGUGAUAAUGUGAUAGAUUUGUUACUUGCUACUGAUGAAGAUGAUAUCCUUCGACGUGACAUAUAUGACCGAACACCCUCACUGACUUGGGGAAGGGGGCAUGUAACCUUGCUUGGGGAUUCUAUCCAUGCAAUGCAGCCAAAUAUGGGUCAAGGGGGAUGCAUGGCCAUUGAGGAUAGUUAUCAAUUAGCAUUGGACCUUGAUAAGGCAUGGAAACAAAGUGUUGAGUCAGGGACCGCUGUUGAUGUUGUUUCUUCUUUAAAGAGCUACGAGAGAGCUAGAAGACUGCGAGUUGCCAUUAUCCAUGGAAUGGCAAGAAUGGCUGCAAUCAUGGCUUCAACUUACAAGGCUUAUUUAGGUGUAGGGCUAGGUCCAUUGUCGUUUUUGUCAAAAUUUCGGAUACCGCACCCAGGAAGAGUUGGUGGCAGAUUUUUUAUUGACUUAGCGAUGCCCUUAAUGCUCAGUUGGGUCUUAGGUGGUAACAGCUCAAAACUUGAAGGAAGGUCCUUAAGUUGCAGACUCUCAGACAAGGCAAGUGACCAAUUGCGGACAUGGUUUGAAGACAAUGAUGCAUUGGAGCAGACUAUAAAUGGAGAGUGGUUUUUGUUCCCAGUUGGAAAUGAAGUAGUUGCCUCACAACCUAUUUGUCUAAGUAGGGAUGAGAACAAACCUUUCAUGAUUGGGAGUGAAAAAAGUGAGAAUUUUCCAGGAGCCUCAGUGGUGGUACCUUCACCCCAGGUAUCCAAAACGCAUGCUCAAAUCAGCUAUAAAGAUGGUGCGUUCUUCCUAAUUGAUUUGCAGAGUGAACAUGGGACCUAUAUCGACCAUGGAGGGAGAAGAUCUCGGGUACCACCAAAUGUUUCUACUCGUGUUCGUCCAUCAGAUGUCAUUCAGUUCGGUUCAGAUAAGAAGUUUCCAAGCGAUGUGCAGGCAGCUUUCCGGGUAAAGGUGAUGAGAUCACCUCCUAAGAUUGCUUUGAAGGAAGAGGGCGGGAUUCUUCAGGCAGUAUGAAAGGUCAUGAAGCUGUCAUUUUUUGAAUUUAUAGCACUGUACAGCAUUUAUUUACACUGGUGGAGUAAAUGAAAAUCUGCUACAUUUUGUAAAAAAGAAAGCUGAAUUCGGAUUAUUAUACAAGAAAUGUCAUAUACUUCUGCACAGCUUCAGGCGGAGCAUGGAUACGAAAUGUCAACUUCCAUUUCGUUUGAAUAGUGCUGCGGACAUACAUAUUUCAUUUAUGUUAAGAAAAAAUAUAUAUAAACAUUGAAUGGUAAACUCUAUUUCCCAGUGUUUUCUGAGAAAA